AUGGACGGUGAUCAGUCCCCUGAUCUCAAGGAGCAGUACCGCAACGCCGUGCUCAACCUUCCCGUCGACAACCCCACCGCAUAUCUCAGAGAGAUCAAGCGCCUGCAAGGCCUGAUGCUCGACAUGGAGUUCGAACAGCUAGACCACGACCAAGAGCCCGAAAAAGUGCGCAAAGACUUCAACGAAGUCAAGAAAAACACUCGUGAGCUCAGGCUCUCGCCUGCUUGUCUUCGUGCCGUUCAGGGCAGCGAGAUCACCGCCGGCGAAAAGCCUAUCCUUGAACAGCCUACUGUCGAAAAGCUUCCUGUCAAGAAAACCACUCCCGAAGAGCCUGUUGUCAACAAGUUUAUCGCUUUGACUGAGGAGCCAGCUGCCAAGGAGCCAGCCAUCACAGAGACCACCGCCAAAAAGAACAAGAAGAAAAAGAAGAAGAAGCCCGCAAGCAAGAACGCUGCUACCCCGGAGCCAACCACCAACAACUCCGAGAUGGACUCCGAUGCCGAAGCCAACGCCCUCCGCAUGCGCAUCACCCACAACUACCUCGACCUCAUCCGACCCAAAAAUUCUACCGACGCAGACUCUGCGGAGUACAACAUGGAAUUUAUCCAAAACGUUGCCAACGAGUUGUUGAAUGUCACAUGCAUGGUCUUGAGCUUCGUGGAUACUUCUGACAGCUUCAAUGCCAAAGCUAUGGAGGAGAUGGAGAAGCUUGGAGAAAGGCUUCUUAACCUCAAGGAUGGCAACAGAGAUCUCAUGGCUGUGAUCAAUGAGCUUGACAAAGUCAGAAUAAGAGGUCUCAAGUGCAAGAAGGAGGUCAAGGACCUCAAGGAAGAGCUUGAUGAGGUCAAGAUGGAGUACGAUUUCACCAAGAAUGAGGUGAUAGGUAUCAAGUUGGAGUGUGAGGACACUAAGCUUAAGCUUGCUGGUAUCAAGAUGGUGCUCAAAGACGCCCACAACGAGCUUGCUGAGGCCAAGAAGGAGCUCGAUGUUACCAGACAAGAGUUCGCUGCGGCCACGUUGGAGCUCUUUGAGGCCACAAAAGAGCUCAAAGACACCAAGGAGGAGCUCAUCCAAUUCAAGUGGGAGUUUGAAGACACCAAGACCGAGCUUGAGGAGGUCAAGGAAAAGAACCAGGACAUGGAAAAGAAGGUGAACGAGAUGUAUGCCUGGUUCAACAAGCAGAAGGAGGUGCCUCUGAGCCACUUCCAUUGA